UCGUGGCUGAGAACGCUCUGUGAGACCGGGCGCGCUGAGGACCUCGGCUGGUGCUGAGGGGGGCGCUGCGCCGUCGCGCCGCACUCGUGGAAGCCGGCCUUUGGGCCGCGGCGACCCGGCGGGGAGCUUUGCGGGCGGUGCGGAAGCGCCCGAAGUCUGACGGGCACAGAAAUGGAGCAGGAGCCGCGAAAUGGAGAGCCUGCCGAAAUUAAGAUCAUCAAGGAAGCCUACGAGAAGGCCUUUUUCUUUGUUAACAAAGGGCUGACUACGGACGAGUUAGGUCAGAAGGAAGAAGCCAAGAACCACUAUAAGCAAGGAAUAGGCCACCUGCUCAGAGGGAUCAGCGUGUCCCCCGCCGACCCUGAGCACGCGGGGCCCGGGUGGGAAUCCGCGCGGCAGAUGCAGCAGAAAAUGAAAGAAACGCUGCAGAACGUGCGCACCAGGCUGGAGAUUCUCGAGAAGGGCCUUGCCACGUCCCUGCGGAAUGACCUGCAGGAGGUGCCGAAGUUGUACCCGGAGUUCCCACCGAAAGACGCAUCGGCGGCCAAGUUUGGGGCGGGUGGCUCAGUCCCUGUGGACGCCCCUGCAGUGAAUGGAAGCACUUCCGUCGCCGGAGCCGGGGUGCUGCCCGCCCCCACUUCCCUGCGCGCAGCGGCCCAGAGCCAGCCCGCCGAGGCGCCGCCCGCCUACUCACCCCAGGCCGCGGAAGGCCACUACACCGUGUCGUAUGGCACCGAGUCGGGGGAGGUCUCCUCCGUCGGAGAGGACUUUUACAGGAAUCACUCUCAGCCGCCUCCUCUUGAGACCUUAGGGCUCGAUGCAGACGAGCUGAUUCUGAUACCAAACGGAGUACAGAUUUUUUUCGUGAACCCUGCGGGGGAGGUUAGUGCGCCCUCCUACCCUGGGUACCUCCGCAUCGUGAGGUUCUUGGAUAAUUCUCUCGACACAGUCCUGAACCGUCCUCCUGGGUUUCUUCAGGUCUGUGACUGGUUGUACCCUCUGGUUCCUGAUAGAUCCCCCGUCCUCAAGUGCACCGCCGGGGCCUACAUGUUUCCCGACACAAUGCUGCAAGCGGCCGGGUGCUUCGUGGGCGUCGUCUUGUCUUCGGAACUGCCCGAGGACGACAGAGAGCUCUUCGAGGAUCUGCUAAGACAGAUGUCCGACCUCCGGCUCCAGGCGAACUGGGACCGGGCGGAGGGAGAGGCCGAGUUCCAGAUUCCUGGCCGAGCCAGGGGCCCCGCUGACCCGCAGAAGGACGCCAGCGGCCCCGGUGGGAGACGCAGGGGCCCUUCGUCGGACGGAGGUGGCAAGGAGGUGCGGCCCACAGGGAAACAGGGUACAAAGGCCCCAGGUGCUGCAAGUGAGGAAGUCAGUCUGAGUCACCUGGUGCCCUGCGAGCCCGUCGGCGGGGAGAAGGCCAAGCAGCUGCCGGAGUGGAGCGAGAAGGUGGCGCAGAACAUCCUGACGGGUGCUUCCUGGGUGAGUUGGGGCCUUGUCAAAGGUGCCGAAUUUACGGGCAAAGCCAUCCAGAAAGGCGCCUCCAAACUGCGGGAGCAGAUUCAACCGGAAGAAAAGCCCGUGGAAGUGAGCCCCGCCGUGAGCCGGGGACUCCACAUAGCCAAGCAGGCCACGGGCGGAGCGGCCAAAGUCAGCCAGUUCCUGGUUGACGGAGUUUGCACCGUAGCCUCCUGCGUGGGGAAGGAGCUGGCCCCGCACGUGAAGAAGCACGGGAGCAAGCUGGUUCCGGAGGCGCUCCGAAAGGACCGGGACGGGAAGUCCCCGCUGGAUGGGGCCAUGGUCGUGGCGGCCAGCAGUGUCCAAGGGUUCUCGACGGUCUGGCAGGGGCUGGAGUGCGCCGCCAAGUGCAUCGUCAAGAACGUGUCCGCGGAGACGGUGCAGACUGUCAGGCACAAAUACGGACACACCGCGGGAGAAGCCACGCAUGACGCAGUGAAUUCCGCCAUCAACGUGGGCGUGACCGCCUACAACCUGGACAACAUCGGCAUCAAAGCGAUGGUGAAGAAGACCGCCAAGGAGACCGGGCAGACCAUCCUGGACGACUACAGAGUGGUCGACCCCUCCGAGGGGGGCGGCCCUGGAGGGGGAGCGCAGGCUAACAGGAAAGGGGGGAAGGACACGCCCAGAGAGGAAGGAGAGGGGAGCCAGGCGGGGAAGAAGGGCCCGUGAAGCGGCCGUGGGAGGAGGCGGCGAGUGCGGGCGCCCUGGGUGCGCCGGGCCCUCCGGUGCCUUUGUUCCCGAGCGGCGCUUUCCUGAGCUUCCAGUCCUGCCGGGCCCACGGGGAGAAGAGUCGGAAUCUUUCAUGUGGCCUUUAGAAAUACGCACUUGUAUUCUCAUGAGUUUAUUUUUUCCUGAACGUGGCUAACGUUUUGCAGUUAAAACGAUGCUAAUAAUAACAUGUGCCCUCAUUAAACCUAAAAUUAAACUAUUUUUGUAUUUGCUCUCUUUCAGAAAGCAAAGUAGGAAAUUAUAUAUUUACAUAAAAUUUAGCAUUUAGUAACUUUAGUUUUACUCAUACUGGGAAGGAAUGACUUAAAAUAGUUUCCUUUUUUUGCACUAAUCGUGGAGUUUUUGGGGUGCUUGUCAGGGUUUCCAGUGUGUCACCUAAAUAAGAACUAUAUUCCUAAACUGAAAGAAUUCUCAAAUAACAUUUAAAAGAUGUUUUUAAGGCAGGGAACAGACUAAUCAUGAAAAAUAAAACAAAGCUGUAUAGAAUUAUUUAGUAGCUUACCUCUUCAUUGGAAAUGAGGUAUGUGGUCAGUCCUUCUGAUUUAAAAUGAAUAGACAGAUGUUUGCGUCUUCUGGGUUUAGAAUGGUACUGGUGUAGGAGCAGCCUGGGAAGUUUGGGGGUGUGAUUGGUAUUAAAAGUUAAAGUGGUUAUUAAUUAGCUUACUUGGACAAAAAGUGCCGUAAAAAGUCAUUUACUGUAUCUACUUCUGUAAAGUUUUCCAAAAGGCUAAAAUUUUGUGAAAAACAAAUAUAAACAGUAUUAAGUUUA